AUGGUCGUCUGGUUCGAUCAGCUCGACGGUGCCGUCGAUACGUGCGCCGCCGCUGGCAUUCCAUUCUGCAGCCUGUGGGUCUGGUUCGGCUGGAGCAGCGUGCUCAAUGAGGUUCGACACUGGAUAACAGAUCAUGCAGCACGGAUCCUACCGAUUGUCGACCGCGCGUCGGCCACGUGGGAAGCGAGCUGGGCCUCCCGCGCUGCCGCGUUUACUGCCCUCGGUUUACUGUUCAUGGUGCAAUCUCAAGGCGGCGUCUCCCCUCAUGAAGUCGUCGCAACGCUCUCCCACAGUCUUGAGACGAUGACCUGGUUUGCUGGCUCGGUGCUGCGGCUGCCACGGAGGCACAUGCUGCCCCUGCUCGGCGGCACACGGCUUCUCGCGCCGGCGGUCUGGGCAUCCCUCGGCGUCUGCCUGUCCGACGCCUUCGGCCUCACGCCCAGCCACCUGCGCCUCUCCCCUCGCAACCUCCUCUCCUCUGCUCUGGGCGGCCUCACUAGAGGAGGGGCAAGGGAGGUUGACGGCUCGCGGCCUCCGAUGGCACUGUGGCUUGCCGCAGCCGCGGUGUGGUGCGGCGCCGAUUUUUUAACGCUCUCGUCUAUGAACACGUAUGCGUUAGUUCGUUAA